UGUAUAUUAAGUAAAAAUUUUUUCAGUUUGAAAAUCAAAGUGUGACAUUGUGACAGAAUUGUUAAAUCGUUGGGUGUCAAACAUGUCUUUUGGAAGAGGCAGAGGAUUUUCAGAUGGUAAAGAUAUUCCCUUGCGAAGACCUGGUCAGUCAAUGCCUAUAAAAUACAAUGAUCUAAUAAACUUCAUUGCCAAUCUUAGCAUCAAGGAUGCCACUUCUGGUGUUAAAACUGAUGAAAUUGUGCAAAUAAUCAACGAUGCUAUUAAAAACAAAUCGCUAAAGGAAGUUUAUGAUGAACUACAUGAACAUGCUCUUAACAGUGAUAGACAAUUUUGCAUCAAAUUAGCACUUGCUUGCUGUGAUAGUAAAAUACAUUCUAUCAAUGAUAACAGCUUAAGGCUUAUGGUAUUGCAAAAACUACAAAAGAACUACGAAGAGAAAGAUGAAAUUAAACAAAAUAGUAUUUUUGCCUUUCGCAAUGCUGUAGUAUUAUUAGGAGAAGUGUAUAAUAACUUGAGAAUUAGCAACAGGCCAAUGGACAUUUUUGCAAACCCACUUCUUGAUUAUCUUAAUAUACUUCUAGAAACAUCAGAAGAACCUGAUGUGUACAUUGUAACAUCACAAAUUUACACAAAUGGUCGGAAAAUAUUUGAUACAAUUCCCACUCAAUUAGCUCAUUUUAUCAUGAAAGUUAGACUGGUUCUAAUUAAUCGUAAUGUAAGUGCAAAAUCUCGUGGUAUGUUGCUUUUUAUCAUUGAUUUUGCAAAUCAAAAUUAUGCACCACUCACUGAGCUACUGAAAGAAUUUUAUUUGAAUGAUCUUGACAAUAAGCUACUGGCAGAAAUUUUAACUGGUGACAGAAGUGAUAAUGAAUCUACUUCUAAAAAUAAUAUUCAUGUAGAAAAAGAUAACGCACAAUCUAACAUUAGGACAAUUAUUACGCCAACUGAGCAGCCCAGUCCAGAUAAUGCUGUUUCUAAUUCAAUGAAAGCCGCAAGACAGAAAUCAAUGAAUGCAUUUGCAGUAGGUGAGAAGAGCCCACCAAACGCAGUUAACGAGAGGCCCGUGCCUCGAGCUAUUCGGGGAGCUGGAGCUUUGGAUACUUACAAAGACCGUAAUCUCAAAAAAUCGCCACGAGGCAAAAAAGACAAGCUGACCGAUGAGCAAAUCUGGUCAUCCAAACAGAAUACCAAUAGUAAAAAUUGGGGUCAUGAUGAUCGCUUUGAAAAGGACUAUGACUAA